GGCCCGAAAUGGCGGCGGCCCUGACCCGUGAGGGUGGGGAGGAUGCGUUCCGCCGGCUCUUUCGCUUCUAUCGGCAGCGCGACGCGUCCGACCUGCGGGGCGUGGUGGACUUCUCUGCGCCGGGGGGCCAGGUGUUCAGAUCACAGCUCAGUAUUUCUUCAGUCAGUGAUCAAGAUGCCUACAAAGCAGGAUUACAGCCAGUUAGCCAGUGGAAAGCCUAUGGCCUCAGUGGGUAUCCAGGGUUUAUUUUCAUACCAAACCCUUUCCUUCCUGGCUGCCAGCGUCACUGGGUGAAGCAGUGUCUCAAGCUAUACCCUGAGAAACCCAAUGUCUGCAACCUGGACCUGCACAUGGCUCCUGAGAAGACCACUGACCUGUGGGGACAGAGCAAGGAGCAGCUGAGAAGGAAGGGUUCCAGUAAAUGGGAGCCCAGGAGCCUAUUGGAGAAGCUGCGCUGGGUGACCCUUGGUUACCAUUAUAACUGGGAUACUAAGAAGUACUCAGCAAAUCACCACACUCCUUUCCCCUCAGACCUUGCAUUCCUAUCAGAACAAGUGGCUGCAGCCUGUGGGUUUCGGGGUUUCCAAGCCCAAGCAGGGAUCUUGAACUACUAUCAUUUUGACUCUUCACUGGGAAUUCAUGUGGAUGAGUCUGAACUAGACCAUUCUCGGCCCCUGUUGUCAUUCAGUUUUGGGCAAUCCUCGAUAUUUUUGCUUGGGGGCCUGAAGCGGGAGGAGGCGCCGACAGCGAUGUUCAUGCACAGCGGCGAUAUCAUGGUGAUGUCUGGCUUCAGCCGCCUGCUGUACCACGCUGUCCCCAGGGUCCUCCCCAACCCUGAGGGGACAGCUCUGCCUUCCUGCCUCGACCAAGCUCUUUCUUCAGACCUUCCUGUUGGCUCGGUCAUUGAGCACAGCUCUGAUGAAGACUGGCAGGUGUGUGCCAAGUACCUGCAGUCCUCCCGCAUCAACAUGACUGUUCGGCAGGUGUUGGCUGAGGGUCAGAAAUUUCCAGAGGAAUCUGGGACAAAUGGAAAGGGCCAAGCACCCUCUGAAGACAGUUAUCAUGAGAACAGCAAAGCCAAAAGACAUAAACCAAACAGAGUCAGCUGAGACCAGGCCAUCAUACUGACAUGGACCAGACAGGCAAUCUCCGUAUGGAAUUAGGGACUGGUGUAAUACUGGAAGUCACUUGUCUGUAUUGCAGUUAAUAAACUUGUGCAGAAUAAAUGUAGUCCUACUUGCUGUAAUAAAUACGUAGAAGGAGAAAAAGAAUUUAAAAGGAAAAGAAGGAUAAGUUCAGGACUGGGACUCAGGAGAUUAACUCUGUUGGCAUUUUGUUGCAAAUGUUUACUGUACUCUGUUUCCUUUAAAAUACCUGUAUGUCAGAGAACUUUAAGCUUGGUUAAGCUUAAAUGGUUUAAGCUUUUGGUGAAGCUUGGUUUAAGCUUUAGGAGUGAUGCUUAUAAAGUAUUUUGAAAUCAUUGGGCAGAGAGUGUUAGCAGAAGAUACAUAAUUGCUAUGUGAUAGAGAUCCUGUUGGGCUUGUAAAGCUCAGCUGAAGCAAAGUAACAAGUUUGUAUGAGAAUAGGCUGCUAUGGGUGAAAGACGUACCUGCAGCGUUUAUAAGAUAAUUACAUCUACAGCACAAAUGGGUUCAGUGGUCAGAAACUGGCAGCUCCCUCAAGCAACACCUGCUGUAAGCUUUCUGUAGUCCUGUGCUCUCCUUUUGCCUGUUUGCAUCCCCUCAGCUGCAGCAGAAUCUGCUUUUAUGAAUUGUACUGAACAUCUUACCUCAGAUUUUAGAGAGAAACGGUUGGGAGCCAUAUCUACUUAGAAUAUCUAGUAGCUCCCAACUGGGUCUCCUCCCAGCAGUAAGUAUGUGACUAAGCCCAACAUUGCCAUUCUUUCAAAACUGCCCUCUCCUAAGUGCCUGUGUGUUACAGUUCUCCAGUCCCAAGCUAACAUCUGUAAGGAACAGGAUGACUUGCAAAUAAAAGCAAUGAAGCUGUAAAUUAAGUACCUAAAAAAUUAAUCAGUGACUAUCUCUGUCACCCAAAGAUAAAUAUAUUGAAACAAAGAAAAGCACUAGCUUUUGUGCUAGUUCUUUUUAAGAUUCAGAUCAUCCUAUCUACUUUUUAAUGCAAUUUUAAUUGUUGGAGUGGAAUGCACUAUCCCUGGGGUAUAUUGUUGCACUUUCACAAUGAAUAAACUUACUUGGUUUUAAAUUAAAGAUCUCUAUCGGUUU